UCCUUUAUUGAAAGUCGUUUGUUUCGAUAAGUUUACCAGGGCAUUACCCCAUACAUUUCACCUUCACAAUUUUUGUCAACUAAAGGUUUCUGCUGAAAAAGGGUGCGCCUGACAAAAUAGUUGUCUCGCACGGAGACAAAUUUAUGUGCCAAACGGUUUACUUUAAUCUCCCCCCCGCCGUUAAUUGAGAAGGGCGCCCUCAGAAUGUAAGAUUUCUACGUCCAACUAGAACCAGAGAGGGCGCCUGUCAACCUGGUCGAUAGUAAACAAAAGUCAUGAAAGUUUCAGCAGAUGGAACUCCUGAAGUUCAGCAAGAAAGGGAACGUUUUGGGAAAGAACGUUGCAACCUGACGCCACAUUGUCUUCAUAUAUCAUCUCAAUAAAGUAAACUAUGGCGACAGGCGUCCAACAUGACCUGAUGAAGCAGGCACAGUGCUUUUGGUCAAUGCUGGAUGAGCUUGCAGAGACCGAUGAAGAUGUAUACAGGAAGUUCAUGGCCACAAACCUCCAAAGAGGACAGCAAGAAUUGACACUGGCCAAGACCCGUAUCAUGCAAUGGACGUGUGAACUCCUUCACUGCCACAGUCGGCUACAGAGUAACGCCUUUCAUGGGUUAAAGGAUUAUACCAGGGUUGGACUACCGAAGCUGUCUGCAAGUAAACUGUGCCCACAUCACCAGCGCUAAAUGGCAGAACCACCGGGUGAGGGAGCCCAAAGACGAAAUGAGACACAAACUAACCCUGGUCCAAGCACAGCACCAGCCAGUCAGGCAGCUGCAACCCAACAACUACCGGCUGGUAACAAACAACCUUCCCAGCAGGAACCAACGCAACAACCACCGCCACAACUACAGCCAAGACCGGGUGAGACACAAACAAACCCUGGUCCAAGCACAGCUGCAACCCAACAACUACCGGCUGAUGGAGUGAGGGAUGAUCAACAAACGAUUCAGUCUGGCAGCGGACAUCCUUCCCAGCAGGAACCAACGCCACAACCACCGCCACAACUACAGCCAAGACCGGGUGAGACACAAACUAACCCUGGUCCAAGCACAGCUGCGACCCAACAACUACCGGCUGAUGGAGUGAGGGAUGAUCAACAAACGACUCAGUCUGGCAGUGGACAUCCUUCCCAGCAGGAACCAACGCCACGACCACCGCCACAACUACAGCCAAGACCGGGUGAGACACAAACUAACCCUGGUCCAAGCACAGCACCAGCCAGUCAGGCAGCUGCAACCCAACAACUACCGGCUGGUAAGAAACAACCUUCCCAGCAGGAACCAACGCAACAACCACAGCCGCAACUACAACCAAGACCGGUUGAACUAGAAGUGGAAUUCACUCCCACCACCUAUCCCCAUAUCACAGAGCUGGUUCUACGCAAGAUCUCUGAGAGGCUUGGCGCCGAAUGGCGGAAGCUGGCUACAUAUCUCGGUUUAAGCGCUGCAGAGAUCGACCGCAUCGUGUUGGAUGACUCAGCAGGCCAGACAGAGAGCCAGAUCUUCAACAUGCUGGUCAGUUGGAGCCGCCAGCAGUCCACUAGCACGGAUCAGAGGGAAGUGUUAUACACAGCUCUGAUUGAGAUCGGCAGAAGGGACAUAGCUGAAGACCUGUUGGGCAUCAAUGACACCAUUCUACGUGUGAUCUCUGAGAAGCUUAGCUCCGAAUGCAAAUGGCAGAACCUGGCUACACAUCUUGGUUUAAGCGCUGCAGAGAUCGAACACAUCGUGAUGGAUUGCCCACACCAGACACAGAACCAGAUCUUUAACAUGCUGGUCAAAUGGAGGCGCCAACAAACCGCUAGCGCAGAUCAGAGGAAAGUGUUACGCAGAGCUCUGAUUGAGAUCGACAGAAAGGACAUAGCUGAAGACCUGUUGGGCAUUACUGACACCAUUCUACGUAAGAUCUCUGAGAAGCUUAGCUCGGAAUGGCAGAAGCUGGCUACACAUCUUGGUUUAAGCGCUGCAGAGAUCAAGCACAUCGUGAUGGAUGACCCAGGCCAGACAGAGAACCAGAUCUUCAACAUGCUGGUCAAAUGGAGGCGCCAACAAACCACUAGCGCAGAUCAGAGGAAAGUGUUACGCACAGCUCUGAUGGAGAUCAGCAAAGGGGACAUAGCUGAAGACCUGUUGGAUUGUCCCAAAGUGUCUAUAGAAACCAGUGUGGCAAGGCGGGGUUUCAACGACUCUGACCUGAGUAAUCGUCUGUGGACAAGAAUCAAGCUCAUAUUGGACUCUGUACAUCAGCUGGUCUCUGCUUACCUGAACCCAUGUGAUGGAGAGCUUGUGGAAUUAAGACGUGGGUCUGUGACAUUUGUUGUUCGCUUCAAGAGUCGGGAGGGCCUGAACAAACUCCGGAGUUUGUACGAUACUGGAGAACUCGCCAAGAAACUGACAGAGAUUCUCAUCACAGAUGAACUGACAACAGAAGAUAAGAGUGACUUGGCUAUCCAGGCAACUAUUCCAGAAAGCGACUACGACCAGGCCUGCAGAUUUUUUGACGAAUUGGAAAAGGACCAGCAGAAAGGUAUCAGUGACCCCGUUCUACACAAGAUCUCUGAGAGGCUUUGUUCUGAAUGGCGGAAGCUGGCUACACAUCUCGGUUUAAGCGCUGCAGAGAUCAAGCACAUCGUGAUGGAUGACCCAGGCCAGACAGAGAACCAGAUCUACAACAUGCUGGCAGAGUGGAGGGGCCAACAAUCCACUAGCACGGAUCAGAGGGACGUGUUAUGCACAGCUCUGAUGGAGAUCGGCAGAAGGGACAUUGUUGAAAACCUUUUAGAUUAUGUCAUGAGAGCCCAGGAAGCAGACGCCAACGAGCACGCAGAGAAGCGUAAAGCAGAGGCGACGGUUCUGAAAGAUCAGGGGAACCAAGCGUUCAAGAAGAGCGAUUACACACGAGCCGUUGAGCUCUACACGCAGGGCCUGGAGCGUCUAAAAGACUUUGUGGUGCUGUACACCAACAGGGCACAGGCUCACAACAAAUUGGGAAAGUUUUCAGAGGCAAUGGAGGACUGCCGGACUGCCUUGCAGUUGGAACCAAACAACGUCAAGGCAUUGGUACACCUUGGCAAGGCCCAGCAGGGACUGAAGGAUUACGAGGCAGCUGUUACGACUUACCAAGAAAUCCUCAAGAUUGACGAGAAAUACGAGAAAAUGGUGGCAGGCUACAUUGCAGCGGUGAAUCUAGCCGAGUCCACAGCCAAGUCUGAUAUGGAGGCUGAGAGGCUGUUCAAUGAGGGCAACGUCAAAGCAUCGGGCGUUCAUGAGAUCGGACUCAGUGAGGUAGGAGACAGUCCGGCAGCUCUGACCCAACAAUCUGACCCAGAUGAUCAACAAAACAGUCAGUCAAGUAAUGAACGGCCUUCCCAUCAAGAACCAACGCCACAACCACCACCGCAACUACAGCCAAGACCGGGUGAGACACAAACUAACCCUGGUCCAAGCACAGCUCCGACCCAACAACUACCGGCUGAUGGAGUGAGGGAUGAUCAACGAACGACUCAGUCUGGCAGCAGACAGCCUUCCCAGCAGGAACCAACGCAACAACCACCACAACCAAGACCAGAUUACCCACAACAAAGUGGAGCCAGCAUAGGAAGCAUCGGCACAAUCAGCGGUAGCCAGAACCCUGUCAUUGUUGGUUCAAAUGUUAAUAUCACUUACAACUUGCCGUUGCAGGGACCAGAAACCACCGGACACCAGGGGCCAGGUACCUUUGAGGAUUUGCAACAGGAAAUUAUUGACAACUACAAGCGAACUACAACGACUAUUCCUGCACACCCUGUAGUGCAGUCACGUAAAGUAGAUAUUGAUAAAUUCUUUAUUCCACUGUUUCUCAGAAAGAACAUUCAAGGCAAAAGAGAAUCAAAGAGGUCGGUGAGAUUACCAGAAGGAAAAAGAUUGUUAGAUAUCAAUCAGACCACUAGGCUCAAUUCCUUGGAUGAUUUGUUGAAUCCAGAAGUAGUUAAGGAAAUCAAGAUUCUCCUUUGUGGUGGGGCCGGGACGGGUAAAUCAACCCUGUUAGUGAAAGUUGCAAACUCCUGCAUCACACUCAGUUCAAAACCGCUUCUUGGUAGAUUCGAUCUUGUUCUUUGGAUAAAGCUGAGGCAAAUGCAGCAAUCUAGCUGUGUCUUGGAUGCCAUAUUUGACCAAAUUCUAGCACGAAACACCAAACUGACAAAACACAUAGUGAAAGGGUUCAUAGAUGAUCACGAAUCAGGCAUUGCUUUGCUGUUGGACGGAGUAGAUGAAAUUCCGUCUCAUGUUUUGGAAUCUGAGGAGGGCGUGUACAGGGUUCAGGAUAUCUUACAAAGCAGAGUUCUUUCAAAAAGUUUUGUGCUGGUAACUACCAGACCACACUUGACUGAAUAUGUAUUGAGCUGUGACCACCAGUAUGCAGUGGUUGAGACUAUUGGCUUCACACCACAAGACAGAGAUCAGUACAUCAGAUUAAACCUUCCUGAUGAUGCUGACAUGGGAGACAAAUUGAUUUCAAAUCUGAAAGACAAUGCAAAUCUGCAGGAAAUGGCUGUAGUUCCAAUCAUUUCCCAGAUGCUGUGCAUUGUUUGGGAGAAUCAACAGUCCUUGCCAGAGAGAAUUACCGAGCUGUACGCAGACUUUGCAUUGGCUCUUUUCAAGCGCCGCAAUAAAGAUAUGAGUGAUGAACAGGUGAUGUCUAACAUGAUGUCCAUCAUUGAUAGCUUGGGGCGUGUUGCAUUGCAAGGGUUACUAGACUUCAGAGGGGAAAGACUCAUGUUUGAUAAAACUGAAUUUCAGGAUUGUCAGUCUUGCUUAGAUGACGGUUGUCUUGUGGGUUUCGUUCAACUUGAAAAUUACACUAGUGGUCUGCAUGUAAACGUGUUGGUCACUUUCCCCCACAAGUCCAUCCAAGAAUACUUUGCAGCAUGUCACCUGGUGAAAUUGCUACAAGAUGACGAAAACAAUUUCCGUCAUCAGUUGAAGCAGAUUGGAGAAGGCAAUGUUCUUGCGAUGGAAUACCUGCUGAGAUUUUGUUGUGGUAGAUCAAUGCAGGCUGCUGGUUUCAUUCUGGAUCACAUACAAGAGAUGCAAGGUGAUGAGGAGGAACUGCAGGGAUUGGCCCGGUUGCUCAUGUUCGAGGCUGGUUCAGAAGAGUUGGCUACCAAACUUGUCAGACCAACUAGGGUAGCCUGCAAGAGUAACGAAGACCUGAAAUCACUGAGCUACUACUUACAGCAUGUCACUCCACCACUUCAAGGUGCAGGUUUUCACAUGUGUGUAAGAAAGCAGGAGCUUACCAUUCUCAGGGGAAUUCUUCUGAGUGACAGCAUGAAGUCAGCUGGGCUGAUAGCGGUUCGCUACUACUUGUCUGAGCAGGAGGAGGAGGAGCUUAUCCUUCUUGAGGAAACACUUGGUGUGGUGGAUGAACAGCACCCUGCUGAAUUACACGUUGUGGUUUGCAUUGAGGCAAAGUCAUGGUUUGACGUGGGGCGUGUAUCACACAGGUUUUUCCACAUGCAGGAACAAAUAGGCGAUCUUGGUUUGGUUAUGUUCCAACGAUCACCGGAUGAGGUUGUUGAUCUAUUGAAGGCACUGGAAGGAUGCAGGUUGGAUUGGCUCACACUGUAUGGCACCAACCUGCAUGCACGGGUGCGACAUGUCAGCCACAUACUGUCAUCCCUUAAAUUCUUGCAGCUCAAUGCAUGCAGGUUGGUAGAUGAUGAUGUGAAGGACCUGAUCAGCAUCCUUCCUGCUGGCCAUGGUGUAGAAGGGCUUACCCUUGAUGACAAUGCAUUCAGUUUGGAUGCAGUGAGGGCUCUCACUCAUCAUCUCCAAGGUCUCCCUGGGUUAAGUUACUUGAGACUUCGUAACAUCGGCCUCGAUGCUGAGCUCGUCAGACAAGUUGUCAGUCAAGACCUCCCUCACCUGAAGGAAACAGAAGAGGGAGAAUUCGAAAAGCCUAAAUAAUCUCCCACCAAGUCAUAACUCUCACCCUGUUCCCUAUGAAUGCACCACGCUCAUGAGCCGCAUUCAUCGAAACAAGUAGCACCUAUCAUGGGUCAUGUUGUGUGAAGUCAAUGCUCUGCAACCCCCUCCCCCCCCCCCCCCCAAAAAAAAGAAUCAGUUAAAAAACAACAGCAACAACAACAACAAUCAAUAACAACAGCAACUUUAUUUUCAGAGGACAAUAAGGGGCUCGAUAAUGAAUAAAAAGUCAACAAAAGGGUUUCAAUACAAAUAGAUGUAUUCGGAAUCCUCUUACAUUAUGAAUACAAAUAUACCCAGCAUAGUUCUUCAUUCUACUGAACCUCCAUCCCCCAAAAAAUUCAAUCCAUCAAUUAAUCAAUCAAUCAGUGUGAAAAGUCAAUCAACAAUUCCUGUACAAAAUGAUUCAUUGAAAUCUUCAAACAUAAUAGCACUGUACUAAGCAUUCUGGGUGUCACUUGAAAGUGAUAUUAAAUUGACCUUGUAUCUUGGGUGACCUCUGAGUACUAUUAUAAAUCUACAAUCUAAUCGUCAAUUAAACAGGAGAAUCCACCUCUCCUUUCCAUUUCUUUUAAGAAAAUAUCUGGUAUCGCAUCAUCUUAGGUAAAAGUUGUGUGAGAUGUCUUCAACUUUUGUGACAAAGGCCUCCUCCUACCCUGUUAUCCGAUCAAUGUAGUAAUAUGGCAUUCCAACAAACUAAUGUGACCACACGCAAAUGGCUGCACGACACCCUUCCAUAGACCAGUGCUGUGCAAAACUUAGUAUACAGAAUAAUACCCCAAACUUUUGAAUUGUUUUGCGUUUGCCUUAUGUACAAAUUCGAAAAAUUCUCGCAACUUCACGCCUUUCAAACAGACGUUUUUUAUUGAGUGUUUGUGCUUCAUUCUUUAUCAAAUCGUUUGUGUAAAUUAAUGUAAAUUAUGCAUAAAAUGGCAAAAAUUAUGAUUCCAGUUUGCUAACGUUUGUAUAGAUCUUUAACCUUGACUGUUUAUGUAAUAUACCUUUAAAGUGGUGCAGUUGUGUAAGGACAGUAUAACGUGGAUUUUGUUUACUAUUCAACUAUAGGCCUAUGUGCAUAUUGAGAGUUACUAAACCAGUGUUCAUACUGUCAAACAAUUCAUGUAUAAUAUAUACCUGUAGAAUGUUGCAUUGCCAAAUGACGCAUUUUAGUCAGAGGACAGUCAUGUUUGCUCAUUCAGGACCAAUCAUUGCAAUUGUUGUAUACAUGAAAAUGUUUCUGUGUUUCUGAUUAUGUUGAAACAGGUACAAGUGGACAAUUUGCUUGUUUUUAUCAUUGCAAGCCUCUUCAAAGUAUUGAUUGACACUAGAUUUGUUUGUUCCAAGUAUGAUCAAUAUUCUGUACAAAAAC